CGGAACAUCAAAGCGUGUUCGACGUGCACUAACACAGCAGGCAGUCUCACGAGUUUCGUCCGCUACAGAGUUCCGAACUUAAAGCCAUGAAUCUUACAAUGCAGCUCGCAGUUGUGGUGGCCGUGUGCCUGUGCCUGGCCGAGGGAGCUCCCGACGGUCGAUUGGCAAGGAAGCAGCAACGACCAACCCGCGGCUUUAAGAACGUCGAGAUGAUGACCGCCAGGGGCUUCGGCAAGCGGGACAGGUCUCACACCAGGGCUGAACGCGAUGUAGAUCAUCAACAAUCAUCUCAACGUCCUAGUCGCGGUACUCCUACAUUUAAGAGUCCAUCGGUCGGUAUCGCCAGAGAUUUUGGUAAAAGAACACCGGAAUUUGAGAAUGAAGAUGAUAUCGGCUACGUACACCAUCCCCGCAUGAAGUUUACCCCUAAAAUAGGUCUGAUGGUGGCUCACGACUUUGGCAAAAGAAGUGGUAACGAUGAUUAUGAUGAAGAAGAAGAGAUCAGGGUGACCAGGGGAACUUUCAAGCCAAACUCAAACAUUCUUAUCGCGAGGGGCUACGGGAAACGCACAAAUUCUCAAAACGAACCAGUGUACGGAGUGAACAACUACUGGGACAUGCUUGAGAACGCCCCCGAGAGGGAAGGUCAGGAAGCCAAUGACGACAAGACCCUGGAAAGCAUUCCACUGGACUGGUUCGUGAAUGAGAUUCUCAACAACCCGGACUUCGCUCGAUCUGUCGUCCGGAAGUUCAUCGAUCUCAAUCAGGACGGUAUGCUGUCAUCAGACGAACUGCUCAGGAACUAUUAAGCUAUUAUCUAACUAUAUAAGACGGUUAACUCUCGUUAUUCUGUUAAAAUCGGUUUGCGUUCGAACGUUGAAUAAUACUCUGUAUUUAUGUGUUACUGUACGUAACAGCUCUGUGAUAUGGACGGAAAUAGUCCUCAAAAAGAACAAAAAAAAAAAUCGCUUCAGAUCUCAUUGUUUCACUUUU